AUCUUGUAAACUCAAGAUAUGAGCUAUAACACAAGACAACAAUUUUGCGGUGAUAUUUCGACUCUAUUUCAAAGUCAUUUUCAAACCAGAAUAAGCUAUUUACAAACUUGCUAUCAUAUUAUAUACAAAGAAACAGGAAGAGAUGACGUAUUAGAAACAUUACACUAUUGACAUACAAUGAUACUAAAUUAAGAAAAGACCACGAGUUCUUUAGACGCUCUUAAUCCGUUAUUAAGCACGGGCUUUCUGUAUUUAAUAUACAGAGCUUCAAGGAAUAGGAGAAGGUUGGAAUUUGUGUGCUUAAGAGUGUGAAGAGUUUGAGUAGAUUGUGAAAAGAGAGCGGUGUGUCUAGUUUGACUGUGUCACUGUCAUUUAUGUCAUUAAGGUUGUCAAACAUGUGGUUCAAAUUAAGGAUGAAAUUACCAAUAACUAUUUGUUCCAGAGCUGAAUCAGAAUGAAAAUGACCAUGUAAUCGUCAACAUUUUCCAGCCCAGGCUGAAAUCGCUUCAUGUAAUCAGCCCUUAAGAACCUUUCAACCUCGCAGGAUUAGCGAAACACACGAUUAACAUAUACUUUACAUUGCAUGCAUAUAUUAAACUUAGAGGUCACAAUAAAGUCACUACGCUUCACUGACGCGCAUAUCAGAUUCAAUACGGCCAUACGGCUAGUCGCACAAACGUCAAUAUCAUGGUAAAAUUCUCGCUAAAAUCUGUCGCUCUAAAAUGGUAUUUCUUCAGUUCUCCAGGAUCGGUGGGACUGUUCGUUGAAUGUUUUAAUCUUUUUAUGAAACAACUUGGUUUCAACCCGGGACAGAUUGGAUUGACAACACUGUUCGGAAUACCGCAUCUACUCAUACCACUGUGUCUGCUGUUCGGUGAAAAAUUUCGAACAAGAAAGAUUGUCGCAGUAUUUGGUACCUUGGGAGCAUCAGUAUGUUGUAUGUUACCACUUUUAUCCCUGGUAGUACCAGCACUACAGCCGACAUGCUAUACCAAACCAUACGUGAAACAACAAUCUUUUCUUAGUAACGGAUCGAUGCACUUGAGGGAUUUUACAUCGAAUAAAUCUCUCGAAGCGAUACAACAACCUAUCUUCACUGACCUGAGCAAUAGUUCGGCCAAUAACCCACAUGCAGUACAUUCGAAGAAUUCAAACCCUACAACCCGCAUAGCUGACUCGAAAACACACCAUUCCAAACCAUAUUUAACAUCAACCCACACUCCAUCAACACCACAAGUUGCUUGGGGUCAUAAUGGCCAAAUGUUCUCGAAGUACUCGAAGGAUAAAACACGCCUACCUGUCUCGAAGAUUCACCGUUCCUUUAGAUUUAACAACACCUUAUCUAUACAACGUAUGCGACGCAGUUCUGUACUCUCAAACUAUUCCGGCAAUCCAGCCAAACCUUCCACCAAGACUCGCAAUUCACUGCCUUUGCUAGGGGCUUUAUUUGCACUCCUGACAGUUUCAAGAUCUCUGACGCAGCUUUUUGAGCGUGUGGACCUGUCUUUAGCAAACCUGGUUACAAUAACUCAUAUACAAGGAGAAAAUGCGAGUUAUGGCCUUUAUCGCAUGUGGUCCCAUAUAGGUUGUACACUUUCUAUUUCGUGUGUCUCUGUGCUAGCUUGGUACAUUCGGAUAAAUAUGUGUGGAGUUACCAAGUAUGGGUAUUUCAUAGCUUUUAUAUGGGGAGGAAUUAUGUUCUUACUUUCGAUGAUAUCUCUUCCUUGGUUUAAGUUUGAGUACAACGAGAAAAAAACAUUCACCUGGUCUGGAGUUAAAUCUGAUAUUUUCAAUGCGCACUACAUUUUUAUGCUCGUGAUUCUGUUUUACGCCGGGAUGUGUUUAGCGUUUCAAUCUUACUGGGAGUUUUGGUACUUGGACGAAUUAUCUGCAACCCCGUUAUUGAUUGCCGGCGCAGUUUUAGUCCGAAGACCUAUAUUAGCGACGUCUAUGUUUAUGUCAUGCCACUGUAUAAGAAAGAUCGGCGAUUUAAAGACUAUAUGUGUGGCAUUGUUUCUUUAUGCGUGCUCGUAUUUGGCUCUAUCGUUCACACGAAUAGCCUGGUUGGUUAUUGUGAUUGACACAUGUCAGGCGACUGCUUACGGUCUUGGUUAUUGCGCCCUCACAGUGCUCUUCUCCAAAGCCGCAUCAAAAGAAAAUGCAAGUGUGAUUUUUGGUGAGUAAAACCUUAGACAAAGUGUGACCAGGGGCGGAUCUACCGUUGGGGCGCAGGGGGGGGGGGGCGUACCCCACCUAGUGGUGUCUAGCACUCCCCAACCGCUAGAGAAGUCCAGCCCCCCCCCCCCCCCCUAAGAAAAUCUGCUUGACCAUACAUUUUCUGCUUUUCGACUAGCGAUUAGCGGAACUUCUACUGUUAGCGUGUGUCGAUUUCUUGAAACGAUUUAAUUGAUUUGUGAGUUCACGAGAAAAUACUCAGAAUGCUUUGGUUAAAUAUCACGGUUGACUAUGUAAACAUGUCGAUGUUGUUAUACAGCCAGAUUUUCAAAUAUAGUGUAUUUCAACAAGCAAAUGUAUUGUACUGUACUACAGCAAUUGUCCAAAUGAUAGCAGCGUUGCAGACUGCAGAGGAGAGUGGGCAGUAAGGCUCCCUCAUUCACCACCCCCAUGGAAAACCUGCACCCCUCCUUGCAGAUGAGAUAGACCCACCCCUCAGUGUGACCAGAUUUGGUAACUGGUCAUGACUGAAUGGCACUAUUGUUAUUCCAAGUGUUAUAUAAAUCACCACCUUUCAAAAUCAUUUUGAAGUAAUGCGUUCAAUUUUUCAUCGUUUUAGGCCUACUAGAGACAGUCUACGCUGUAGGAUUUGAGACCGGAUCGACUGUGAUGGGAGUUCUUUUCCACAUCUUGGGUACACAGCUAACAUUACUCAUCUAUUCAAUAUCAUCUGCUGUAGUGCUUGUUAUUCUACUUCUGUACAUUAGCUUUUCAACAUCUCUGCACAACUAUGAAAAAGUAGCUCAAGACAGUGAUGACGAAUGACAAAAACAACGGCAAAAAACAACAGCAAUGUUGCAUGCAGCCCAAAUGCACUUUCACUAGUUAAAGUGCCUCCCAAAUAUGACUUUUGGCAUGCAUUCUCCAUAUGUAACAUAUCUUUAUAGUAAAAAAUAGCCUGAAUAUCAGGCCCUAUUUUCCCUUCCUUAAAUGCGGGCGAAGGGAAGGGAAAAGUGGAAAAGACCAAAAGAGGGCCUGACACAAAUCCCUGUCUAUAGCGGCAUGUACAAAAGCCAACAUCCAGCUUUUCACAUGAUUGGUCUAUCAGACAAAAAAAUUUAAUCUGUCUUUUGAUUGUUUAGUGCUAACUAGAUUAUACUAUUGUUCAUGAUGUAUUUAAAGGUUUAAAUUAGACUCUUUUUGUCAUUGCGUGAACUAACAAAUUAACUAUAAAAUUUACUGUAGGCGGAAAGGGAGCAGAUUCUUUUCUUAGCCUGAUAAUCAUGUGUACAAAACGACUAAAACUUAUAAUAGUUUUAACUUAGAUUAUCAUCUUGAACAGCCUUUUCACUGCCAAAGUGGUCGGAUAUGGUGUCAUCAAAUAAAUGUUUGGAGCAAACAAAAAGGAAAAUAAAUCUUCAGUUCAUUUAAGCCCCAUUUACACGAGCAAAUUUUAUUUCAUAAAUUUCAUAUGUCAAAGAUAUUUUGCUCGUGUAGAUGAUAAAUUUGGGACAAAUUCAUUGUGACAAAUGCAUUUGAUCAAAAGGUAGCCAUGCUAGCUUUUGACCAAAAUUUGAUCAUCAAAUGCAUUUGAUCAAAUGAAAUUUGUCAAAUAAAAUUUGCUCGUCUCAACUUCGGGUAAGCACUUCGCAGCUGGACUGUGCAUGCAGCUCAGUGGUAAAAGUGCUGCACUGGAAUCACAGGAUCACAAGUUCGAUUGCAUGCCGCUGAGAAACGAUCGUUGGAUUCUUCGCAACUGAUCCUAGUUAAGUCUAAAAUAUCUAUAUAGUUUUCCCUGUCAUCAUACAC